AGCCUUUGACCGUAUCCUUCGAAAGCAUAUAAAGGCAUGAGUUUUCAUGUGAAGAGCUUCAUUCUCAAGCAGAUCGAUGGUCACCAUGAAGUUGUUUUUCGUUUUGUGCUUCGCAACUUUGGCAGCAGCUACCAACUAUCCUGCUCCACCACCCAAAUCAUCGCAACAAACUCCCUGCAGCCAGAGACAGAAUCUUGAUUGGGUGCGACAGAAUGCCGAGAACCUGCUCUACCUGGAAUAUAUGCGACGACAGGCAUCGACAAACGACGAAUGGCAAUCGCAAAUGGAAAGCAACGAGUACCAAACACGCCUAAACGAACUGCGUUCCAUGAACGGAGGAUGUGGCAUGCCCCCAAUGGAAGAAACGCCCAUUUGUGGCGAAUCCAUGCCCUGUGGAAAUAACGGCUGCAACUCUAAUUGUGAAUUUUAUGGACAGAAAAUUGCCGCGUUCCAGGCUGAGCUAAAACGUCAACGGCUCAUGAUCCAGCGUCUUUAUUCACAGAUCCUCGUCCUCUCGCAAAACGACAACUCGUGUGGAUCUUGUGGUGGACCUUCUCCGUGCGAAAGUCCUUGUGGAACAUCUCCCUGUGAGACACCUUGCAACACUCCUAGGCCAAGUUGCGGUUCUUGCCAGCCACCAGCCAUUCCAGGUCGUCCUGGUAUAGGAUAUCCAGGACCCCAGGGUCCUCCGGGACCACCUGGCCCUCCAGGACCUCCGGCUUGCGAAGCUCCUGGAACAAUGGGACCUAGGGGUCCACCUGGUCCACCCGGAAGAGAUGGAACUCCUGGCCGUAACGGAAUGGAUGGUGAGCCGGGCACUUGCUCUUGCAAUGAUGGUGAGCCAGGAACUCCUGGAAAACCUGGUGACGACGGCCGACCUGGCCCUCCAGGUCCACCAGGAAUUCCGGGUAAUCCUGGCAUGACGAACUCUUGCGUGACGCCACCGUGCCAACCAAUUGUUCAAGUACCGCAGGUUCCAGUAAGCUGCUGCGGUGGUUCGCUGAACUGCAACGCUCCCUGUCCGUAUCCUUGCCAAUCGCCGCCAUGUUAUUAUCCGCCACCAGCUCCUUGCGUCACCAACGAUUGCAACCCUUAUACAACGAAGACCAACUACAUGAUUGGUUGAUUGCAAAAGCAUUAGCACAGAGUAGCCCUCGUAUUCCAUUAUCCUGCAUAGAACUGGUAAAACCCGAAAUAGUUUUACUCAUUAUUCAUUUGGGUUUGAUUAAUCACUUACUUGUUUUAGCUGCUAAUCAAAAAUGAUUAUUAGAACUUGAUUUGAUUUUAGCCAUUCCGUGUAAAACAGUGAAUGUCAUCCUGUAUAGCUUAUUCUUUUGUAGCCAGGUCCAUCUGUGGUAAGACUAAUACAACAUCCUUUUUCUAACAACAA